CAGGUGUUCGCCCACUGAAACCCGCACCGUCAAGACAAAGCUCUGCCAGUCAGUGGCCCUUUCACUUGUUCCAUCUAGCGAGCGACGGAAGCCUUUCAUCAAAGGCCCGGUUUGCGAGCUAAAGUCGUUGACCAUUGAGCACCCGAUUAGGAAACCUACAACUACUCGUCCGUGCGGUACAACAAUCCUCCAUGAUGAACCUCGUGCCCGAGAGGGUCAACCAUCGGUGGGAGAGGCGUGAUGGGGGGAGAUGUAAAUACUAGCCAGACUCUUCGAGACCCUCGAAAGCGUCUCUAGGGCAUCGACAGGGGCAAGCUUGUUACUGCCUAGUGAGAAAGAAAGCGGUCAGAUGUCUCCACUUUGCUAGCGGUGGAAUUCCUGGUGGUGCUUGGGGAGAACUAGCUCUUCACUAUCAAAGAAGUCGUUGAGAAGGUUGCCGCCGUCCCGCCGCGCAAUCAAGGAUAUAAACCCCCUUCAUGCACCGUCGAUAACCCCUUCCCUCACCAUAGCGUUCACCAUGGCCUGCUGAACCUAUCGCUUUCCCUCUAAGAAAAAUUGCGUCCCCUCCAAAAAAUACAAUAUGAAGUCCCUCUACCUGGCACUCACCCUCUUCCUUGCCCUGCUCGUUGCCGCAAACCCGGUUCCCAACCCAACCGCCGACCCGGAUCCGGAUCCCGUCGCCAUUCAAUUCUACGGAGCCAGUUUGACCGGUAUCCCGCUCAAGCGUCGUGGUGAGGAGGAGCCGGCUGUUUUGGUGAAGCGCACGCAGUCGCCGACAUCGGGGGAGCAUGCAAAUAAAUGUGGACCGAAUAAUCAAGUCGGGGGUGUGUCAUAUACGUGUGGCGCAGGGAAUGCUGGUCCUUGCUGCUCUAUUAACGGGUGGUGCGGGGCGAACAGUUACUACUGUGGCGGUGGUUGCCAGGACGAUUUCGGAUCUUGCGCGAUCCCGUACUUGCAGCUGACGUAUGACGCGGAUGCGGGCGAUUCUAUAUGGGAUAUCAUCUCGGACAACGUAUUCGAUGCAGCUGUUGGAGAUGGAUUACUUUAUUAUGGGGUCGGUGAGUAUUAA